GGACGGACGGAGCCGAGGAAUAAGUGACGCCGGCGGAGCAGAAGGCGCACGCAGGCAGGGCAGAGGGACCGUAUAAGACGCUGGGAAGCGGCGCGUUGGUUUUUUUACUACUCCGUUCUCCUUAUCCUCUCGGUGCGGGCUUCUUCUUUAAUUUUUUUUCCUUGACUGAAGAGGAAGAAACAAAAAAAAAGCAAGAUGGGCGUGGAAGGUGGGAUGAAAUGUGUUAAAUACCUGAUGUUUUUCUUCAACUUUAUAUUCUGGCUCUGCGGAAUUGCUCUGAUUGCCCUGGGGAUUUGGGUACAAAUCGAGCUCAAAAACACGCUGACAAUGACCAGCUCAACAUCCACUACUGCUGUUCCUAUUGUCAUUUUGUCCGUGGGCGUCAUAGUGUUCUUCAUCUCCUUCCUUGGUUGCUGCGGGGCAGCGAAAGAGAACUACUGCAUGGUCACCACG